AUGAAGUCCGUGGAUUUGUACGACCCAUUCCAGAAGAAAAGAAGGAUGCGAUCAUCGGCGAUUGCUCAGCAUAAUAUACAUGUAUCUAGUGAGGAUGUAGUUCAUAGCAUCUUGGAGCCAAGGAGAGAGGAGCGCACUUACUACAACCCUUUCAUGGUGUGUUCAAGCAUGGGUGAAUAUCUAGAUGUCCCGUCAGCCCAUGACGGGUUGCAAGACAGUAAAAGAUUGAAGAUGGUGAACUCUGAGCCAGCAGAUGACGACCGGUCAUUGGACCUGGGAUUUCCUUUGUCAGAUUAUGACCGGAUGACUGACAACCACGACCAACAACAAUCAGACAUGUUGGAUAUGCAAUUUCCCACCUUGUCUGAUGAUGACCGGUCAAAUGGUGAGAUGUUGGAUUUGGGAUUUCCUCCACAGCCGGAUGAUGAAGAUGUGCUCGAUUUGGGCUUUGAUAUUGACCUCUACGGGGCUCUUGACAUGGGCUUCGACACAUAUCUGGCAGAUGAUUCGCUUGAUAAAGGGACUAAUAUUUCACCGGAAGAACACCCUUUAGAUAUGGGUUUCGAGAUGGAUCUGGUACGUGUUGAUCCGGAUCAGUCUUUCGCCGUCAGUCGACAGGAUCCAGUUGGAUAUGUAAUUCAACGGGCUGUAGGUGAUUUGCACGAGGCAAUGCACCGGUUGCAGAUGGACUGGGCUGGUAAUGCAAUGUCACCGGACGAAGCCUUUGCUAGAGAGCAAGUUCUUGACUGUACACAAGAGUUAUUGUUGGCAUGUCAACUGAUGUCGAUAUCUCGACUUUCAACGUGA